UUUGAGGGCUCAGUAACAUAAUAUGAGAACUCCACUGUGGAGAUUUUGGGAUUUCAGUAAUUAUUUUAGUUUCAAUUCAAGAUGCUUAUCAGUUAUGGCCAGUUGUCCAUCUGAGGCACCAAACUUCAAAAGUCAUAUAUGGUGUGGUGCCAUUAUGACUGAAGUAUUGGAUUUACAGGAACUAUUGCUGAGCUGUGUGAAGAACAAAUCAGCCAGGAAUGGGAAAAUCUGCCACGGAAAAGUCAUCCACUAUGGUCUUCAACGAGAUGUUCUAACAUCAAAUAUUCUCAUUAAUAUGUACUCCAAAUGUGGUCUUGUUGAUUUUGCACGCAAUGUUUUUGAUAGAAUGCCUGAGCGAAGCAUUGUCUCGUGGAAUACUAUAAUUGGUGCAUAUACUCAACUUGGAGAGGAAGAAGAAGCAUUGAAGCUUUUUAUGCAGAUGCAAAGAGAAGGGACCACACCAAGCGUAUUUACCCUUUCUAGUAUUCUUUGUGCUUGUGCUACAAAACUGGCAAUCUGCGAAACGAAGCAACUACAUGCAUUAGCUCUUAAAUCUGCAUUGAUUGCCAAUGUUUUUGUAGGGACGGCUGUGCUUGAUGUCUAUGCAAAGUGCAAAUUGAUUAAAGAUGCAUGCAAUGUGUUUGAUGGCAUGCCUGAACGAAGUGCUGUCACGUGGAGUUCGAUGGUUGCAGGGUAUGUUCAAAACAAUCUUUAUGAAGAGGCUUUGGUUUUGUUUCAUAGAGCUCAAAAGAUGGGUAUGGAACAGUCUCAGUUUACACUCUCUGCUGCUCUCAGUGCAUGUGCAAGCUUGGCAUCAGUUAUUGAAGGCACCCAGGUGCAUGCAGUGAUCAUAAGAAUUGGUUUUGUUUCGAAUAUUUUUGUGGCUGCAUCUCUGAUAAAUAUGUAUGCAAAGUGUGGAAGCAUUGAAGAAGCUUACUUUAUAUUUUCAGGUGUUGAUGUGAAGAAUGUUGUUGUAUGGAAUGCAAUGAUCUCGGGGUUUGCUAGACAUGCUCAAUUAAUGGAAGCUAUGAUAUUAUUUGAGAAAAUGCACCAGAUGGGUGCAUAUCCAAAUGAAAUUACUUAUGUUUCAAUAUUAUCUGCCUGUAGUCAUGUGGGCUUGGUUGAACAAGGACGAACAUACUUUGAUUUGAUGAUGAGAGAUAAAAAUGUAGAACCCAAUGUCCUUCACUACUCAUGCAUGGUUGAUCUUCUUGGUAGGGCUGGGCUGAUUCAUGAAUCCUGGGACUUGAUCAAAAGUAUGCCAUUUGAUGCCACUGCCUCUAUGUGGGGUUCCUUGUUGGCCUCUUGCAGGAACCGUGGGAACUUUGAACUGGCCCAGAUUGCAGCAGAACGUUUGUUUGAGAUUGAGCCCCAGAAUGCUGGAAACCAUGUUUUACUUUCAAACACGUUUGCAGCAAAUAAAAGGUGGGAGGAAGUUGCAAGGACAAGGAAGCAUCUGAAGGACAGUGGGAUAAAAAAGGAGAUGGGGAAGAGUUGGAUUGAAGUUAAGGAUAAGGUUCACACAUUUAUUGUUGGAGAGGGAAGCCAUCCAAGAAUUGCUGAAAUUUAUGCUAAAUUGGAGGACUUGGCUGAUGAUAUGAAGAAGCUGGAUUACAAGAUUGAGAUGGCACAUGACCUACAUGAUGUGGAGGAAGAUCAAAAGGAAGAUCUCUUGAAGCACCACAGUGAAAAAUUGGCUCUUGCUUUUGGCCUCAUUAUCUUACCACCUGGUGCACAUAUCAGAAUCAAGAAGAACCUCCGCAUCUGCGGAGAUUGCCACUCUUUCAUGAAGCUAGCAUCGAGGAUAACAAGGAGGAAUAUUAUUGUAAGGGACACCAACCGAUUUCACCAUUUCAGUGGUGGAUCUUGUUCCUGUAGGGACUUUUGGUGAUCUGUUCCUUCUAGUUUAUGCUCCUUCCUGUUGUUGAAUACUGCAUUGCUGGCCUAGGAUGCAACAUUUGCUGUGCAUAGUGGUCUUUGAUUUAUGCUUCUCAAUCACUAGGCGUCAAGGUGCAUUUUCCAUGAUCUCUAGUCCACAUCUUUUACUGAAUGAUAGAUGGGUCCUGCAAAAAGCACCGAGAUUUGCUUCCUGUUAUGGAUAACCCAUAUCUCUAUCAAAUAAGAGGUGAAUGGAGCUAGGUUGACUGAGGCUCCAAAAGUAAAGCUUAAUUGUAAUAAAAGUGGAGUGGGAGAGAGAACCUUACUAGAUGUUUCCACAUUCAUACUGUACUAAGACAUGAAUAAUUGGUUAUCCUUACAGGACAAACCCCAUUAUACAUCCAUACAGGUGGGAGCUGCCGAGCUGCUCAACUACGUGAUUGGUCACUAACAUGAGGCCAAUGAUAAACAGCUCAUAUCUGGGGGCCCACCCAAGUGGCAAAGCUGGCUGAGCCACUAAACAUUGGAUUCAUGGCCGAGGUCAAUGGUUAUCUUUCACUUCCUAGUCUUCAUGGGCCCCUCUGGUCGCGUGACUAAAGUUGACUACAUAGUCACAGAUUGCCUACAUUGGUGGCCAAUGGCAUCAAUCUCUCUCUCCAAAUUCAUUGCAUAGAAACGAAAUGCACGGCCUUUUAUUGUGCUGGUAACUCCACUUCCACCACCUCCCUGGACCUCCAUCCAGCUAUCCUCACUUUUCCUUCUCUACCUACCCUUCUCACUAAUUGCUGAUUCUGUUUUAUUUACUUCAGGUGUUUGCCGAAAGCAUUAUUUUAUAUUUUAUGAACUAAWUUUUUUUAUUUUUGAGAAAAAAAUGAGAACGAACUACUCAUUCUCAGUUACUUGGUGCAUAUUAUUUUAUAGAUCAACCCAUGGGAACCAGAACCUAAAAGGCUGCAAUUCUUCAGUUAA